UCUUCUUCAAUUCGUCUCUUCUUUUACUUCAUCAUACUCUAUCCAUCAAUUUCUCUCUUCUUUUUCUCAGUGUCAACAACAAAGUAAUUAAUUAAUUAAUUAAGCCAUGCACAGAACACCGUUGAUGAUGUCUCUUUCCACUUCAAACCAUGGCUACUCUCAAAGAUGGCAACAAACUUUGGCAUGCAUGCUUGUUCCUUUAGUCGUUUGGUUUUGUGUUUUGGCAAGUAUCCAAUAUGGGUAUUAUGGUAAUUCUCGCUUGGUUCUUGGUCCGAGUUCAUCGCGUUUGAUGAAGACAAGUUCAGUUCUUGUGGAGAAAAUUGAAGUGAGAAAUGAUCACAACAAUCUUGUUCUUUAUGCCUUUAAUGAGAAGCCUGAGUUAAUUUCCCAAACAAAUUGGACCACUUCAAGAUUCUUAGUUGUUCCCAGAAAUACUCGCAAGGGAUUUUCUUUGUGGUUAAAUAAGGGUUCUAGAAUUCGUAUGAGGUGGGAAGCACAAGCAAGUAGCAGGAAUCAGCUUGAAGGGAUGGUGAUUAAAGGAGAAAGGAGAUUUGAAAAAAUGGUGCCUCAACAAACAUUCUCCCUUGAUACACUUGCCAUUCGUGAGACAAUCAAUGGUAAUGAGGCUGAAUACAUGAUUGAGGAAGAUGAUAGGUACCAAAUUGGAGUUCUAAACAUGAAUGACAAGAACAUAGUAUUAAACUUGAAUGUUAAUGUCUCUGCCAAGAUUUAUGAUACCACCAAAGCCAACAACAUCUACUCUUCUAUCAAUGGAUCAUGCACAUUUAGCCUCCUCUUCCCCAACACAUAUUAUCUCAUUCUAACUGCACCAAAAAAUGUAGAUGAUAACGAUGACGACAAUGACGGAGAAUGGUUUGUUGAAGUUUCGUUCAUUACUCGUGUGAUAGCCUACAUAGCUAUUUUAGGACUUUGUAUAAUUGUUAUCUUCAUGAUACUGAGAUGCCUUGGAGGUUAUGAUAAUCAAAAUGAUAAUGAUAAUCACAAUAGUAAUGUUACAAUUGACACAAGCAACAACAAUAAUAAUGUAUUAGUUUCUUCAUCACAAGAAAUUACUGAACCAAUGAUGCAUCAUCAUCAUGUGAAGCCAAAUCCAAAAAAUGAUGAAGAAGAAGAAUCAUCAGAAGAUGGUUCUAGUUGCUCCUCAGAGGAAUUAUAUGAUGAGAAAUUGUGUGUCAUUUGCUAUGAUGAACAAAGAAAUUGCUUCUUUGUUCCUUGUGGCCACUCUGCCACUUGCUUUCCCUGUGCAAAGAGGAUUGUGGAUGGAGAGAGCAAAGUGUGCCCUGUGUGCAGAAGGCUCAUUCACAAAGUGCGAAGAUUAUUUAUGAGUUAGGCUUUGUCAAAAUGUUAUCAUAUUAAUAAUGUAUGUGUGUAUUGAUUAGUAGUGUUACUCCAUGAUUCACUUUAAUUAUUCCCAUAUAGCUUACUUUUUUUUAUUUUUUAUUUAUUUCCCAUCAAGCUUCUAGGGAAUGAGUUACUAGCUAUGAUUUCGAUUUUGAGCUCUCUUCGCUAUCAAAUUUUUUUUUUUCAAAUCACUUUUUUUUCCUCUUGAAAGAUAUAAUAUAUGUGUCUUUAUUAUUUUAUUAUUUUGCCUUGAGAGUAUAAUGCAAAAUAAGUGUUGGACAAUAUAUUUAAAGUUGUGAGUUAUAGACAGACAAUGAAAAUAUUAAAUAAUGUGAACAAUUAAUAUAUCGAAUGUUCAUUUUACUAGGUGUACGAAUGGUAGGUUAUUCUAAUAUUAAGAUUUAAGAGGGUAAUUUGAAGGUAUAUAUAGUGUGUUUUGAUUUGAUUGGUGGUUAUUCAUCUUAUUCAAAAAAAAUUUAUUGAUUACCUAGCAUUAUUUCGAUGGAUUAAUAUAUUUUGUCUUGGGUUUGAACAAUGUAAAUAAUUAUAUAUAUACCUGGACGAGCCAUUGAGGCUUCAAAGAAAGAAGAGGUGAGCACAAGGCACACAAGAAGAAGAGUUACAAAAGAUAGCUUCAUGUUCUUUGGCUUUGAGAGAUUAUUAUAUAUUGUUGAAUAAUUGAGAAAAUGGGGAAGUGAAGAAGAUGAAGAAAGAACUC